CUCCCACAAAAAGCCGUUACAAAAAUGGAGGACCAAAUCAUCGCCACCAGCAAAACCGUCGGCGCCGUGAAGGCUAACAACGGCGGUGGACAACAAUUGCUAGAGACGACCAAAUCAGAGAGACACGUAUGGCUCAUGAAAUGCCCUCCAAUUGUGUCUCGUUCACUUACGCAACAACAGCAACAACAACAACCGCAAUUAUCGACGCCUCUCGAUGCUUCUUCAGCUCCAAUCGGCGCAAAGGUUGUCGUCACCGUUGAUCCUCUCCUCCCUAACAACGAUUUCUCAUCUACACAGUUUACCAUGGAGUUGCUUGGCACUGAAUCUGGGAGAAUACCCAAAUGUUACUCCAUGGACAUGUCAACAGAUUUUAUCCCAAUGUCUGUAUUUUCCGAAUCCAAACAAGGAAGGCUUUCUGUUGAAGGGAAAAUAUAUCAUAAAUUUGACAUGAAACCUCAUAAUGAGAACAUAGAGGAAUAUGGGAAGCUCUGUCGUGAAAGAACAAACAAGUAUAUGACUAAAACUCGACAAAUACAGGUUAUUGACAAUGAUAAUGGAGCACAUAUGAGACCCAUGCCAGGGCUUAUUGCAUUCAGACCCCCCUCACAAACUCAGAGGAAGAAAGCUCCAGUGAAAGGAUCAGACACAAAAAGAACAAGAAGGGAUCGUGGAGAGAUGGAGGACAUUAUGUUUAAAUUAUUUGAGAGACAAUCCAAUUGGACAUUAAAGCAGCUUAUUUCUGAAACAGAUCAACCUGAACAAUUCUUGAAAGAUAUGCUUAAGGAUUUGUGCAUCUAUAACAACAAAGGAUCAAACCAAGGGACUUAUGAACUGAAGCCAGAAUACAAGAGAACCACAGAGGAACAAGAACCUUCUUCAAAAUAGCUCUCUAUUUUAUUGUUCUUGUGAAAAUAUUAAAUUCCCACUACUUUUCAUUUAGUUGAGUUUUGGUGCCACGUCAACAAACCAAAAAACUUAACAAACAUUCAUUGUAGUAGAACUUUUUGGUUGUGUUUCAUUACUUUGGAUUAAUAUUGGUAACACUUAAUGUAUGUUUUUUUUGGAUUAAAAAUCUUGAAUUUUUGCUUAA